CGAUUUGAACAUGUUGACGGAUUUGCAAAAGACGAACAAGCACUGCUGGCAUUGUCGGGGAGGGAAGAAGAUCUGAUCUGAUCGGCCUGUUGAGCAGCGACGAGCCUCUUGGGUGCACGCAGCCACGGCGACCAGACGACGUCGGCACUUGACACACGAUCAGCGCACCUGCCCCAAGGCUUCAAGCAUUCAUUGACCAUCGAUUGCCAUUGCCUGUUACCUGUUGCCUGUUGCCUUUGAGUUGCCUCUCGACUCGACUCAACCCGACACGACCAGACACGAUUAUAUACAUUAUUGCCCCCAGCCGCCAUGCGCUGAAUUGGAACGACACCCAGGAGCCCCAGGAGACGACAGCAUGCUCCGUACCGGCGCUGCGCAAGCCGGCGAUGCGAACCACCACCAGAGACCGCACCCACGACACUACCAUGACCGUUAUGAUACUGCACGCGCCCCGUCAGCCGGCGGAGAUUCCGUCAUGACUGUCCGCAUUCCUGGCCACCAACACCAACAUCAACACCAACACCACCAGCACCAUGGCCCAGACGAGGCCACUCGGCGGGGUAGCGUCGUCCACGACCGCGCUCCCAGCGACUCCUCACACUGGUCGCACGCUGAGAGACAGCCUCAGGCACACGGUCUGGCCAAUCUGAAUCGCUGGUCUCACUCGACAGCCUCCAGCACCGCUUCCAUCGACACUCCGCCGACAGUAGUUGAGCACUCUCAGUCGCAUGCCCACGCCCACGCCCACGCCCACGCCUACUCCAAUACUUCCAACCACGGCUUUCACACCGCCUCUAUCUGGGCUCGUCGCAAUGUCUCUGAUGCCCAAAUGUCGCCCGACGACGUAUCACCACGCUCCAAUGCCCAUCACCAAGCCAUGCAAAGCCCCGAAUACCAUCGUCGCCACGUCCCUCGCUUCGAGAAACCCCUGCCUCCACGCAUGUCUAUUUCGAACCACUCGCCCAAUGACGAUAUCCAAUUGACCGCCGCCACCUUUACUCCCUCGAGCGCUGGUCUGCUCACUCCCAACAGCUACGUCAACUCGGACUACUUUGGCAGCACCGCCUCGAGCAGCUACGACAGGUCCCCGCACGCCUUACCACCUCGUACCUCGUCACGUCAAACAGCAUCCAUGCCAAGAUACGAUGUCAGUCCCGUCGAAAGCUCUUCGGGCAGGGGAAGAGACAAGGACAAGAAGACAAUGCUGUCAAAGGCUUUGGAAAAGGCAAAUACUGCUGUCCUGUUGGACAAUGCCAUGAACUACGAAGGCGCCCUUGAAGCCUAUCAGGACGCCUGUCGUUUACUAGAACACGUUUUGGAUCGAACCUCGACCCCUGAUGACCGCCGGAAACUUGACGCUAUCCGCGACACGUAUAUCAUUCGCAUCGACGAGCUAGUGCAAAUUCAAUUGACUACACAAGCCACAAGGAGGGACAAAAAGCUGCCCCCAAGACCUAUGAGCAACGAUUCAAUCGUGUCCGCCAUUUCUAACCCGGACCGUGGCUCUGCUGCCAUCGAGACAGCCACCUUGACCCGCAUCAUCGAUGCACCACCGUCAGCAGGCAAUUCGGCUUUACCCUCACCCGUGGACGGUCCACCCACCUCCUUCUUGGCAGUUUCACCCGCUCAAGGUCCACGCACUUCGUUCCUUACAAGUGCUAUACAGGAGGUUGAAGGCACAUUCACCCCCGGUGCCUUCUUAGGUCCUUUGUGGGAGCGUGAAAGAUCGAGGUCGCCUUUCAGAGACUCUACCAUUAGCCACGACACUGCUCGUCCUUAUAAUCUUGAGCCUGCUCUGAUGCCUCGACCUCUGACUCCUCGAGGACAUGACGAACAUGAUGACUCCCUUGAGCUGGACUCGAGACCUACGACAGCGGAGUCUCAAGAUAUUCAACAGAAUGCCGACCCGGUAUCGUGGUUGGAUACAAUAGACGAAUCGGGGUCUUCGGGCUCUCCCUCCAACACCACUACAUCCUCCCGCUCGCCAUCGCCAUCAGUCCACGAGCGAUCGCCAAGAACGGGGGUACAUCGCCGGGAUAUAAGUGGUGCUCUCAGUCAAGCUAGCAUGGACUUUGAUGCUGCUUUCGAUGCUGCUGUCGAAGCCGCUUACGAAGAUGGCUACGAAGUCGAUGAUGAAUUCCUUGCCGAAUCUGAGCAUCACCAAGACGAACACACCACGUCUGCAUACGAUCUGAGUAUACCUCCUCCGAGCCGUCCGGGUCAAUACGAUUCCUUUGAUGGCCAAGCCGAUGAUGAUGAAGCAGAAGAGGAACGUAUUCUGGCAGACAUCACGAAUGACUAUAUAGACCACGGUUUCAAUUUCGACAUCCAGUCAAAGUCUGCUCUGCCACGACAGUCAGACUCAAGUACAUAUUCUGGCCGCACAUACCAAAGUUCACAGGUGUCCAAUCGGACGACUGCCGGUACUUCACUAUCGACUGUCGCAGAAAAUGCCGUCUCUCAUCACACGCCAACCUCCUCCUUUGCAACCGACAUCUCAAAGACCUCGCCGGAGCAGAGCAGCGGCGCUCAGCAGAUCACAACUCCAAACCGACGAGCUGUUGGACCAAACUUCAAACAGCUCAAGAUCGAGACUUCCCGGAAGCCUACUCUUAGGUCGCGCGGCUACACGAAUACCGAACCUAAAGAGACUUCCGAUCUUGUUGGUGUAGAGGACGAUCAGGACGCGGACCGUCGCAUCUCGGAGGUUCCUAGCUUGCGCCGCGUGGAGGCGGCCCUUGCUUCGCCUUACCAUAUGAGAUCUGCCGCUUCUGAUACUGCAACGUCAAUGUCUCUGGGAAGCUUGCCAGAAGAUGGAGAUGUCCUGAACAGCAGUUACCGCUCGCCAAGGCCAAGACUAUUCCGCGGUAGGAACAAGUCGUCGCUCAGUCUUCGUGACACAGGCUUCCUAUCAGAGGAAACAGACACCGCCCCAGCUUCCCCUAUGUCAGCCUUCCCAGGCAAUGGAGAAGCACCUCCUUUCAGAAGGUAUAUCACACCGCCUGGGGGUUCUAUUGCUAUCACACGUACAGACUCGGCCUCUGGAGGUCAUCAUAUCUUUGAGAGUUUCCUUAGCCCUCCUAAUCAACCACCAUCGCCCGGAGCGGACGAUUCGUGUUCUCCUUCAUCCUUAGAGCCUUGCCCGGAGCCAACAUUAUUAAGACCUUUCUGGAUGCUCCGAUGCAUUGCGAAUGUUCUCACUCAACCUCGUGGUGGCUUCUUGAGCACUCGACUCUUCGUACCUCGUCAAAUUUGGCAGAACCGCACAGUCAAGCUUAAGAGCGUUGAAGACAAGAUCGCCAACUGCGAUCUGUUGACAGCUGCUCUGGGCAAGUUGUCCAAAGUAGACACUUAUGAUGCAGAUGCAGUACUGGAAGAGCUUCAAAGCUUCGAAGAAGUAAUGGAACGUGUGCAGGCUGUUCUCAUCAAACGACUCGGUAGCGAAGUCGGUGUGCAGGGCGUUAGCGCUCUCUUCAAGGAUGCGGCUGUUCCAAUCGACAACACUGGUACUACUGCUGAUGUCCGCGACCCGAAGCCAAACAAGAGUUAUCUCAGUUCUUGGCGUAAACUCAGAGGCAAGAACUCGACAGGCGGCGUCACGAUCCCUCUAAGCAGCAGUCGCACAGACAAGGAAGUCGCGAACAUGGCCAGUGUACCAAUGACCAGCUUUGUACCCAUCGACAAGCGUACCGCACAUAAGCAUACAGCAUCCAAAGACACCAACACCUUCGAAGGCCCGCAUAAAGAGUAUAUGAACAGUGUAUCUCGUCUGUGCGAUGCAGCACAAGUACUCGAUCAGGUGGCGCGCCAAGUCGAGGAUCCUGGUCUCAAGCACUCGUCUCCCACACAUAUUGGUCUCGAACUUAGUACCCGCCAUGCUGCUGAGUUUUUCGGAUUUUAUAUCUGCAGGUUCGUGCUUGGUGAUGUCACUUUGUUGAUGGACAAGUAUGUCAAGAGGAGCACUGAGUGGGUUAUUGCAUAAUCCCUCGUCGUCCCUGCAUUUUCUCUCUUCUGCAUUUUUGCAUUUUCCGUGGUGUUUGCAUACCCCCUCGUGUACACUUAGAGGCAUGUCUUGUUUCUGGCAUUGUUUAUCUGUUGGAAGCAUAUCCCCCUUCUACAGGCAACAUACUAUUUUUUUCUUCCCAUCGUUUCUCGCGUAUAUCCAUUUCUUCACUCCGAGUGUCUUCUUUUGCGAAUCUGUUUGGGCGAUUUAAUACUACUGCAUGCGGGGAAAAAGGUGGUAGUUUUCCGGCAUGCAAGCAAGAAAUGAAGUGUACGAGAAGUUUUUUGCUGCUAUUCUUUUCCGAAAGAUCGUCCCUACAAAUCCAAUUCUCACAUUUUUUUCUGUUCCCUGAUCUUUUUUCUGUGUCGAUACCUGUG